GCAAUGCCAACGUCUGCACCCCGGAGCAGUAUAAGGAGUGCGCUGACCCUGCGCUGGACUUCCUGGUGAAGAAGGACAGUGAGUACUGCGCCUGCCGCACACCCUGUGCCAUGGUGCGCUAUGGCAAAGAGCUCUCCAUGGUGAAGAUCCCCAGCAAGGCCUCCGCCAGGUACCUGGCCAAGAAGUUCAACAAGACGGAGCAGUACAUCGCGGACAACGUGCUGGUGUUGGACAUCUUCUUUGAGGCCCUGAACUACGAGAUGAUUGAGCAGAAGAAGGCGUACGAGGUGGCUGGGCUGCUAGGUGACAUCGGGGGGCAGAUGGGGCUCUUCAUCGGUGCCAGCCUCCUCACCAUCCUGGAGAUCUUUGACUACCU